AUUUUUCUUGUGAAUGGAUUGAGGGGGAGGGCAGGGCUACAUAUACAAUAGCCCCCUCCCCGCAUGACUCGGUUGCCUGAAUUACCCCAUUUCAAACUCCUCGGUUGUCUUGAAAAGCCUAAGGAAGCGGCCCUGAGUUGUCAACACCCCCCACCCCCCUUCCCAAAUACCAAGAGGAAAUGGAAAGCUGGCUGGUCUGUUCCUGGAGGUUUUGCUGCUGUCGCUUGGGGAAUACAACCAAGUGCAUUGGGUUAACCGCUGUAGCCACCUGAGAUAGGCCCUUUGCCUGAUCCCAGGAAAGCUCUUCCAUUUAUGAUGAGUGUGCAGUGUAAGGUGAAAGCUGAAGACUGGCUUGGCGAUACUUAAUGAAACCCAAUAGCUUGGGAUUUACGGAACCUGGUUAAGGAGAUCAACUGAAGACCAAUAUGCAGAACUUGAUUAGCUUUGAUCUUGGCUGGGCUGUGUUUUCCUAGUUUGAUAUUUGGUGUGCGGAUUCGGGAGCAUUGUGCUAAUCCAGACAGUGAUCUAAAUAAUCGCCUUGUAAGAACCCAGCAGAAAAGGUCCUUUGAAGAAGACUGGAAAAUGAUUUCUCUACUUCGAGAUAGUUGUUCCACCUUAAAAUGUUUGAUGAAGCGGAAGGAAAUAUGCAAACUCUGUGAUUGGAGCGCCCCACCAGAAUAAGUUAUUCAGAGAUGCUGUAAACCACUUUUCCAGUCUAGAGGCUGGUUAACUCCAUUAAAGGGGAGUAUGUAGAGGGGGUCAGUGACCAAGAUGUGCUUCUCAUCCACUCCUGUCGUCAAUGGACUACAGUGACAGCCCACAGCUUGGAGGAAGGACAUUAUGUCAUUGGCCCCAAGAUUGACAUCCCCCUCCAAUAUCCAGGUAACAGAACGGGAAAUUUAAGCUGCUAGAUCAGGACAGGGAUGUCCGGGAGCCUGUGCAGUACUUCAACAGUGUGGAGGAGGUGGCGAGCAUCUUUCCAGACCGGGUGUUCGUCAUGGAGGCCAUCACCUUCAGUGUAAAGGUUGUGUCGGGCGAGUUCAGUGAAGACAGUGAAGUGUACAAUUUCACGCUGCAUGCAGGAGAUGAAUUAACACUUAUGGGCCAGGCAGAGAUUCUGUGCGCAAAGGCUGCGAAGGAAAAGUCGCGUUUGAACACAUUGCUGCGGAAGUUGGGCAAAGCAGGCGUCCCCGGCACUGGUGGUGGGAAUGGCGGUAGUGGUAACAGCGGCGGCGGCGGCAACACUGGAGGUGGCAGUGGCAAACAGUUGAAGGGCAAGAUGCCUUGCUUGAUCUGCAUGAACCAUCGGACCAACGAAAGCCUCAGCUUGCCUUUCCAGUGCAAAGGGCGCUUCAGCACUCGCUCACCACUGGAGCUGCAAAUGCAGGAAGGGGAGCAUACCAUUCGCAGUAUCAUCGAGAAGGUGCGACUUCCUGUCAAUGUGAUUGUGCCCAGCCGGCCGCCUCGAAACCCCUACGAUCUACACGCCAUCCGGGAGGGCCACUGUUACAAGUUGGUGAGCAUUGUUUCCAAGACAGUGGUGUUAUGCUGCAUUCUCCGCAAGGAUGAAGUGGCUCCCUUCCACUUCCUCCUGCUCACAGAUAUGCCCCGUUUUCUGCUGCCGGAGGGGAUGUUGCGUGUAGGCGGAGACCCCCAACUGGAGAAGUUGUUACGAGAAACGGCUGCCCUCUGCCAGGAAUGCUUCGAUCCCAAUGAAUAUUCUAAGGCUGUGCGAGAGGCCAAGCCAGACUUCUCAGAAGACUGUGCCAGCCCCCGCCAUGUACGACUCUGUCUGCAGGGCUACAGCCGUAAUGAAUUGGCCCAAUCCUUUCAGCGCCUCUCACUUUGCUUGUAUGCUGCCUCUGAAAGCAGUUGCCAGGACUUGGCUCAAGGAGGGAGGGCCCAACGAUUGCUUCUCCCCUCUCACCAAGAGCCCUCUAGCCUUAUUUCUGAUACUUUGGAUUCUGAGCGUGAAUACAUGACACCUGAUUGGGUGGAACCCACAUUCCGGACUCAAGAGCUCCCGUAUGAAGAAUUGUGGACUAAUCAAAACCCAGAGAAUUAUUCUGAAUCCAGUAGCACAGUUCCUGGACUGGAGAAUGCCAGCAAGGGCCAGCGGGAUCUUAUCUCUUUCGGGGGUUCACCUUGCCAUCGAGGCCUGCUGCAGGAAGACCUUAGCACAGAUGCUCCUCCCCCGGUCCCACCCAAAUCUGAAGCGGUGAGAGAGGAAUGUCGUCUCCUUGUUGCUCCCCCUGUGCCACCACGUGGUGCCCACACAUCGGCCACCUCCAGCCCUCCAAUGCCUGUGCGCUUCCCCAAGCUCCAAGCGGCAGUAUCACCCAGUGCCAACCUCUCAUACUACUCAUCUGGACUUCAUGACAUUUCAAGGCCACGAAGUGGUAGCUGCUCCCCAUCUCCGGACUCCUACUCCUUGUACUGCUAUCCCUGCACAUGGAGUGACUGCAAAGUUGGAGAGUCCACUAGUCGGCAGUUGGCCAGCCCUCAAAUACAAUUGCCAUCUCAGCCCCCACCUGCACAGAUGUCUUCCUGGUCUGACCCUUGGCCAUGUAAUGAUCCAGGCUCAAGUGUGGCCACUGGGAGAUCCACACCUCUGCUGGGGAGCACUGAUGCCAAUGCCAUCAAGAGCUACCAUAGCUGCCCUCGCCUGAAGCCUCCCCCUCCACAGAAACGCUUUGCUCCCUUUGGUGCUCUUAACCCCUUUUCCAAUCCAGCAUACUCUUCCAGUCCAGCUUCUUCAGGCUCCUCGGAUUGGCUGGAAUCUCUUGAUUGGCAGAAGACAGCUGCCUCUUCCAUAGACACUUUUGACCCCUUUGAAGGCACUUCCUCCCCAGAGGGGCACUGUAGUCCUGCACCACCACCUCGCUCAUCGAAACCCUUUGACACGGCUGAAAAUAUUGUCAUUCGGACGUCAGUAGCCCCUUUGUCAUCCACCAUUGUUCAUGGUUCUGAAGGUGGCAUCACCCACCUUUAUCUGGCUCAGGGGGUCAUUGAGGCACCUCCUGCCCGUUUGAAUGGGGAUGGCUCACCCUGGCAGCCUCCUGGUGACUUAUCAGCGCUGUCACUUGAGGAGGUAUCUAGGUCCUUGCGCUUCAUCGGCCUCUCUGAGGAUGUGGUCAGCUUCUUUGCUCGGGAACGCAUCGAUGGUAGUAUCUUUGUUCAACUCACUGAGGAGAUCCUAUCUGAGGAUUUUCAUCUUACCAAACUUCAAGUCAAAAAAAUAAUGCAGUUCAUCAAGGGCUGGAGGCCCAAGAUCUAGACUGGUGAGGAAACGUUUCUCUGUGGAUUGCAGGAGUUAGAUUCAGGCUCUCCCCCUAGGGGAGAGGCCAAAGCAGAUACCACUAUCUCAAAAAUGAUAGCAGGACAUGAACCCAAGAGCAACGCAGGAUUUUGAUGAUGUCAGUUUUAACCACAAAUCAACACAAGAAAUUGGCAGGAAGUUACAAAUUUCCUUUUAUGGAAAUGGGCAAAGUAGAAAUCAGAGCAAAACAGAAGCCUCAACGGUUGCACAUGAAUGAUACUUUAUGAUGAGUUCCUAUUGAUAGUCUUUGUGCCAAGAUUAGCAAGGAGAGUUAUUGCCUUACGUAAUUUCUUGCAUUGAUAGUGUGGAAGAGGAGGAAAGCAGCAUAGCCAAUUUGUGGGAAGAAGGUUACAUGUUCCCUUUCUGGCCAAGUCUCAGAAUCACCAGAGCCAAGCUGCCUACUUUUCCUGUGAUAACAUCCCUAUUCAUCUCCUGAUUGUUUCACGUAACAUUAGCUUGGAGGGGUUUUGUUUUAGUAAGGGACAAGUAAUGAAUAUGUAUCCUUAUGAUUGUUUGGAGGCAAUCAAUUUGAGGGGGGCUCUUGACAUAGAAGAAAAAGUAACAGCAAUGACUUAUGAUACACACACACACACACACACACAAGUAGAGAAAGUAUAUUUGCAUUUCUUUUCCCCAAAUGCCCUCAUAAGGUUUUAUAAUUAAACCUUUCGAAUGAAAUGUAGGCAACUUUAUAGCUGAAAGAGGUUUGGAUAGAACUCACCUGGCAAUCUCUGCCCUAGAAACCCUGAUCCUUAAUCUGGGGUCUAGAUUAAAAUGUCAGUGUGUCAAUUUGUAUUUUACAGUAUUGCUUAGAGCCUUACUUCCACAUGCAGGCUAAUUUCAGUGUUGCCCUAUGGAGAAAGCAUCCUGCAUGCAGAAAAUGAAUGGGCUUAAAAGAAAGGUUUUAGAGUAAUCUAGAAGUGCUCAUUCUGCAAAAUCCGUGUGCAAUGCUGACAGUGGUGUCCACCCAUCUGCAAGUCAAAAGGGCUGCAGGGUAGCAAAAGCUUGAUGAUUCUGCUCUCUUUACACAGAACACUGACGCUGCAUAAGGCCACCUUCCUAAACACUUGAACUUUUGAAGCACCUUUGCACUGCUGAAAGGGCUAAAACCGUUACAACUGUGUGCGCCUUAAAUUUCACGUUUCUGCACUAAAAUUAUGGAAUAUUUGGGCAGCCUAGUUUUGCCUAUGCAGAAAUUCCCUAGCACCCAGUGAGUUUCAUGUAAUUUGCUCCUAACCAGAUGUCUGUGAUUUUGUUUUUUUUGGAUGGCAGUUAUUUACUGCACCUUAGUAUAAUGUAUAGGCAGUUGGUGGGGUUUUUUUUAAAACUCACUCUGUAAAUCUCUAGGCAUUUUACUAAUCUUUCUCCUUUCUCCUGGCAAUUUCAUUCUGUUAUUGCCUGCCUACUACUGUCACGUUUUCCAUAUUUCAGCAGCAACUGCCUGUUUCCUAAGACGACCACAACUUUCACAAUUGUUUUUAGCAGAAAAUGGGGCUAAAUGGUUUAAGCCUAGAGGAGUUCAAUAUAUUCAUUUCUACUUUUAGUACUGCAUUAAUCAAAUAAACAUUUAUUUAAAAA